CUUGCUCUCCAUCUGCCAGGUCAUCAUGGAGAUCUCAAUGGAAACGCCAUAUGAAGAGUUUGAGAACUACUCCUACGCCUCAGAGUACUACCCGCCGGGGGCCGGGUCGGAAGAGCAGGCGCGCCUGGAGCUAGUUCACUGGAUCUCGCUGCUCUUGUGUGUCCUUGCAUUUGUCCUGGGAAUUCCAGGGAACGCCGUUGUCAUUUGGUUCAUGGGAUUCAAGUGGAAAAAGACAGUCACCACCCUCUGGUUCCUCAAUCUGGCCAUUGCAGACUUCAUUUUUGUCCUCUUCCUGCCCCUGUACAUCUCCUAUGUAGCCUUGAGUUUCCACUGGCCCUUCGGCCUGUGGCUUUGCAAAGCCAAUUCCUUCAUUGCCCAGUUGAACAUGUUUUCUAGUGUUUUCUUCCUGACAGUGAUCAGCCUGGACCGCUAUAUCCAUUUGAUCCAUCCCGUCUGGUCUCAUCGGCACCGGACCCUACAGAACUCACGAGUGGUUGUUGUAUUUGUCUGGCUGUUGGCUUCCUUGCUUGGAGGUCCUGCCCUGUACUUCCGGGACACUGCGGAAGUCAAUAGCCAGAUUAUUUGCUAUAACAAUUUCCAGGAGCAUGACUCUGACCUCACCAUGAUGAGACACCAUGUUCUGACCUGGGUGAAGUUUUUUUUUGGCUACCUCUUCCCUUUGCUCACGAUGAGUUGCUGCUAUUUGUGUCUCAUCUUCAAGGUGAAGAAGCGCAACACCCUGACGUCCAGUAAGCACUUCUGGAUGAUUCUCUCGGUGGUCAUGGCCUUCAUGAUUUGCUGGACUCCUUAUCAGCUGUUCAGCAUUUGGGAACUCAGCGUUCACCACAACAGCUCCUUCCAGAACGUGCUGCGGGGUGGGAUCCCUCUCUCCAUUGGCUUGGCUUUCCUCAAUAGCUGCCUGAACCCCAUCCUUUACGUUCUAAUUAGCAAGAAGUUUCAAACUCGCUUUCGGGCCUCUGUUGCUGAGGUAUUAAAGCGGUCGCUGUGGGAAGCCAGCUGCUCCGGCACAGUCAGUGAACCGCUCAGGAGCACAGAAACCAAGAGCCUGUCUCCCCUAGAAACAGGCCAAUGAGUGUUGGGAGCCUUAUAACAAAUCCUUUCAGAUUAAGUUUUCGUCCUGAUCUAAAAUGACCAGGUUUUUGUUGUUUUCGUUCAGUGCGUUGGCUGGCCUUACAUGUUUGUGUGGGUAUAAAAACCACUGAUUUCUUCCUUGCAGUU